ACGCCCAAAGAUAACGGUGGAAAACCCAAACAAGAAAAAAUUCGUUUCAGUUCAAGCGUUCAUUUCGCCCUUCCUCAAAACCCUAACUCUCGUCAACCCAAUCCGAUCGCCCGGCAAACUCCGCCCCAUCAGCUUAACCCUCCGACGCCGGGCGAUCGUCAAGUAAGCUCACUUUUCUCUCAAUUUGGGAUCGAUUGGAAUCUGCCACUUUAAGAUUUGACCGAUUAGUGCCUGAUCAUUUCCGGUUCCAAAGUUUUGCUGUUCCCCAACUGAUCAUGUUUGCUACUGCACGCAUGUCUGAUGCUUUUGUUGUGGAAUUUUUUGCUGGCUAUCAACUCUAAGACAUUGAAGAAGGUAGAAUGGUGAGACGAAAAGAUCGGUUUUGGGAGUAUGCUGAGGAUUUAAAGGGGCGGUUUUUAUGCAAAUUUUGUCACAAGGUUUAUCCUGGGGGAAUUGCACGAAUCAAAUCUCAUUUGUCUCAACAAAGAGGCCGUGAUAUUGCAAUUUGUGACAAAGUUUCGAAUGAUGUCCAAGCUCUUGCUCUCCUUGCGAUUGGUCCUAACAAGAAGAGGAAGGUUGCAUCUUCAACAAAUACUGAGAGAAGUGGAAUUGGUUCAUCAAUCCCUAAUGCUUCAAUGGGUCAACAUCAAGUAUCCCUGCUGAAAAUAUGUGAAAAGAAAGACAGUGAGUUAGUUGACAAAGAUGUUUUUGAAUUCUUUCUGAUGAAUAACAUUUCACUGAGUGAUGUUGAAUCUCGAUCAUUUGUUAAAAUGAUCAAUUCUAUUAUUAGUUAUGGAUCCAGUUACUAUCCACCCAGUUAUUCAACUCUUUGCACGGAAUUGAUACCAAGGGCAAGGAAAGAGAUUGAGAAAUAUGUCUCUACAGUUAAGGAAUCUUGGACUCUCAACGGGUGCACUUUGAUGUCAAGCAUUUGGACUGAUAUGAAUGGUUGUUCUUUCAUUAAUGUGGUUGCAUAUUCUCCAAAGGGAGCUGUUUUUUUAAAUUCAUUUGAAAUAUCAGCCAAGGAAAAAACAGAUUCCUAUCUUAGAGACAUAUUGAAGUCUGUAAUGGAUGAAAUUGGGCCAGAAAAUAUUGUGCAGAUUAUCUUGAAUGAUACUUCGAAUUAUGAAUCUGUUGGUGAUUUUGUUAUGGAGAAGUACUCGCACAUCUAUAAAAUGCAAUGUGUCACACAUGGAAUACGAAUGCUUUUAACGGAUAUUUACGAAGAAGUUGAAUGGAUAAAAGGUGUUUUUGAUGAUGCAAAAUUGGUGGUUGAUUACAUAUUCAACAACAAAGUCAUUGUAAAGCUAAUGGGGGAUAUGACUAACAGGGAGUUGAAAAGGCCUUGUAAGAUGGAAUAUAUCUCCUACUUUUUAAUGCUUCAAUCAAUCUCAGAUGCUGAACAAAAUUUGCGGUUGAUGAUUGCGUCACCUGAGUGGAGAGACAUGAAUUCUGGCGAUACUUCAUUGGCAGGAAAAUUUGCUCAAAUAAUUGAAAGUGAAGCCUUCUGGAGUCGAGGAAAGGAUGUUUUAUCAGUUUUAGAUCCACUUAUUAAAGUGGUACGUUUGGUUAAUGGCGAGGAGUUGACUACAGGUUACUUGUUUGAGGCACUGGAAAGGGCAAGGAAAGUGAUUGAACAAUGUUGUUGUAAUGAUCCACCAAAGUACUCAAGGUUAUUGGAAUUGUUUGAUACAAGGCGGAAUGGGCUGAUACUUCACAAGGUUCAUGCAGCUGCAGCAUAUCUUAACCCAUCUCUUAUGUAUAAUGGGAAAAUCAGAUAUGAGGACACUGAUGUAAGAGAUGGUUUAAACUAUAUUGUGGAGACCAUGAUUUCUAAGGAUGAGAGGAAUGAUUUUGUUACACAGUUAUUACUUUACAAUGGGAGAAGUCCAAAAGUUUUUGACACUAUUGCAUUAUCCAUGUUGACGAAUGUUCAUCCUCGAGUUUGGUGGGAAUUCAAUUGUGUUUCAGUUCCUUUACUUCAAAAGAUUGCCAUCCGAAUUUUGAGCCAACCAUGUAGUUCUCGGGCAUGUGAACUAAAUUGGGGUGCAUUUGAAGCAGCAGAAAUAAAGAAAACCAAUAAGACAUCAAAUAUUUCAGAUAAUGUGGUUUUUAUAAGGAUGAAUAGGAAGAUGAAGGCUAAGUUUACAGAUCCUGAAAGGAAACAAGUUGAGGCUAUAGAUCUAGAGAACCUCCCGGAGCUUGCCAAAGACACCAUUGAUGGCCUGGAGGAGCUUGGAAAUGAAGCAGAAUUUUUGGCAGGUUUGAAGACACUAGCCAAAAUUCCUCUCGAGUCUGGAGCGAAUCUUAAGUAGAAUCAGCUAUGCACUGCUGCUGUAGCUCAUGCUGAGCAUCCAGCUUUGCAUUGUACAGGAAGAGGAAGAGUUUUUUAUGUGAACCAGGUGGCUUGACGGUUUUGGUCCAGAAUUGCUAUCUCCAAUCUUAUACUUUUAUCCUAAGCAAGAGACAGAGUUUGCUGGUUGAUUGCAAGGAGCAAGGAUUUCUCAUCAAUUGAUCCUACCAAAUUGCUGAAGCCAAGUUGGGUGGAUUCCACCUGGUGCCUGUCUUUGAUCUGGGAAGUUUGCAUCCAAUCACCCUCUCUACAGCAUGGUGAGAAAUAUGUAUACCUUUUCUUGAAGAACAUUUGGGAGAGUACUUGUGGACUAGAUCAACUAUAGAUAUGGAUCUCCCUUCUAUAUACCUGCAGGUAUUGGAGCUCACUAUGGCAGAAUUAAAAAGCUUUCUUCUGUAAGAAUGUGCUUCAGUCAGAAAAUUACUUCAGGAUAGUUAUUAUUUUGCAGUAAUUGUGCCCGUCUCUGUAGUUGCAAGAAUCCCUUGAUUUUCUGGUUUGGAAUUGAUAGACUAAUAUGAUUGUGUCAUCCUUUAGAAUGUUUCUUCCA